AUGGAACUACAUGAUGCCUCGGAUGCCGUGAUGUGUCGAGCCUUCUCCCUUACAUUAGCCGACGUAGCUCGACUUUGGUUCAAGCAGCUGAAACCAAAGUCUAUCCGAACCUUCACAGAACUUAGUGACGCCUUCCUAACCAAUUUUAUUGGCGGGAAGAAGAAGCUGAAACCUCCAGCGCACCUGAAUAACAUAGUACAAAAGGAGAGAGAAUUACUGAAAGACUAUAUCAAACGGUUCAACUUCAAAUCGCUCCAAGUUCGGAAACACACGGAGGAAACAAUACUCAACUCCAUCAUGCAAGGCGUAAGGGACAAGCCAUUCUUGGCGUCCUUAGAUAAGAAUCCACCCGAGACUUUGUCGGAGUUCAUGACUCGGUCGGAUAAAUACGCAGACGCUGAAGAAACGCGGAACUUGCGUGAGGCCGUCCAGAACGCAAAAACCACGGCCAAACGGUGGGCCAAAAAUGAGGCUAACUCAGCCGGAGGAAAAAAGCGUAAGGACUACCGAACGCAUGAAGAACGCAAGUCUGGCAAGCGACCCGACCGAAUGUUCUCUACAUACACCCCGCUUAACAAACCUCGAGAACAAGUACUGAUGGAAAUCAAAAGUAAAGGAUUCGUGAGUUGGCCAAAUAAGCUUCGGAGUAACCCAAACCGACGGAACAAGGAUAAGUACUGUCACUAUCAUCGCGAUCACGAUCAUAGCACAAGUGAUUGCUAUCAUUUGAAGGAGGAGAUCGAAAGGCUUAUCCGAGAAGGUCUGCUCAAAGAACACGUCAAGAGAAUAGGAACAACGGAAGAACUACCGGGCGACGACCGACCUAUGGAAGAAAUCCGGAUGAUAGUCGGAGGACCCCUGUGCGGCGGUGACUCAAAUAACGCCCAGAAAAACCACGCCAGGAGUCUCAACCGACCUGAGUCUGACAUUCUAAUCAUAGCUCGACCAUCGAAAGAAAAAAAGAAGAAAAAAUAUUAUAUCUCAUUCACUGAUGAAGACGCCCAAGAGAUCCAUCGUCUACAUGAUGAUGCAUUAGUCGUUACUCUGACCAUUGCAAAUCGAAGGGUGUUCCGUAUUCUCGUCGACACAGGGUCAUCGGUUGACGUAUUGUUCACUUAA